CUAGGCAAGCUGCAGUACCGCCAGCAUCCUUCACCUGCACACUAGCCACCACCAACCCAGCCUCUGACCGAGGCCUGUGGGGUCCACCUGCCAUGGGGCGCGAGGGGGGGGAAAGGAAACAAAACAAUCAUGCAGCGACGCUAGCAGCACGCGUGCGGUGAUUGAUGCACAGUGGUGGCGCGAGCAAGCAUUCCUGUGUUAGCUUAAUUGAUGCCGGUCGGUCCACAUGAUUGUCGAUAAUGCCGCUCAAACCCUUAAAUGCUGGGUUCUUCUUCCCCGGUCUCACCCUCUCACUACGUAGUGACACGAUUAUCAUUGCACCACCCUCCCUCACUCACUAACUCCCGCCAUCACCUCUCUAGACACACAGAAAGCCACUACGGUUACCUGGCACCGGCAGCGCAGCCAGGGCAGAGCACGGAACCAACCAAUCGCAGAGGCGAACGGGGCCAAGGGCAAUCAGAUUCAGACAGAUGAGGAGCUCACCGCACUUGCUCGGAAUCCUCCUCCCCCUCCUCCUCGCGCUCCCGCCGCCGGCGGCGAACGCGCUGUCGGCGGACGGGCUGGCUCUUCUGGCGUUGAAGUCGGCGGUGACGGACGAUCCGUCCUCCACGCUCUCCACCUGGUCCGACGCCGACGCCGACCCCUGCCGCUGGGUGGGCGUGACCUGCGCCAACACCUCCUCCUCCGGCCCGCGCGUCGUCGGCGUGGCCGUCGCGGCGAAGAACCUGUCCGGCCACCUCCCCUCCGAGCUCGGCUCCCUCCCGUUCCUCCGCCGCCUCAACCUCCACGGUAACCGGCUCUCGGGCGCCGUACCGCCCGCGCUCGCCAACGCCACCUCCCUCCGCUCCCUCUUCCUCUACGACAACCGCCUCACGGGCCCGCUCCCCGCCGCCGCGCUGUGCGCGCUCCCGCGGCUGCAGAACCUCGACCUGUCCCGGAACACGCUGGGCGGCGCGCUGCCGCCGGAGCUCGCGCGGUGCGGGCAGCUGCAGCGGCUGCUCCUUGCCGACAAUGGGUUCUCCGGGAGCGUGCCGGCGGGGGUGUGGACGGGGAUGGCGGGGCUGCAGAUGCUGGAUUUGUCGGGCAAUAACUUCUCCGGCGCCAUCCCCGCGGAGCUCGGGAAGCUACCCGCGCUCGCCGGCACGCUGAACCUGUCACGCAACCACCUCUCCGGUGGGGUGCCGGCGGAGCUCGGGCGGCUGCCGGCCACCGUCACGCUCGACCUCCGCUUCAACAACCUCUCCGGCGAGAUCCCGCAGUCGGGGUCGCUCGCCAGCCAGGGCCCCACCGCGUUCCUCAACAACCCGGGGCUCUGCGGCUUCCCGCUCCAGGUACCCUGCCGCGCCGCGGCCCCGUCGGCUUCGUCCUCAUUGUCCCCGCCGGCCCCGUCGUCCUCGGCCGCAGCGUCCGGAGGCGCCCGGCAGCCGAUCAGGACGAGCCUCAUCGUGCUCAUCUCGGUCGCCGACGCGGCGGGCGUCGCGCUCAUCGGCGUCGUCGCGGUCUACGUGUACUGGAAGGUCCGCGACCGGCGCCGAGCCGCAGACAAUGCCAAGGACAAGGGCGGCGGCGGCGAUGACGAGGAGGAAGGGCGCGGCCAAUGCCCGUGCCCGUGCAUGCGUGCCGACGCGUGCACGGACUCGUCCUCGGACUGCUCCGACGACGACGGCGGCGGAGACGGCAAGUGCAGCGGCGGCGGCGGUAACUCCGGAGCAGGGGACGUCGGCGGCGAGCUGGUGGCGAUCGACAAGGGGUUCAAGAUGGAGCUGGACGAGCUGCUCCGCUCCUCGGCGUACGUGCUGGGGAAGGGCGGGAAGGGGAUCGUGUACAAGGUGGUGGUGGGUAACGGGACGACGCCCGUGGCCGUGCGCCGGCUCGGCGGCGGCGCCGCCGCACCGGAGCGGUACCGGGAGUUCGCAGCGGAGGCCGGCGCCGUCGGGCGGGUGCGCCACCCCAACGUCGUGCGCCUGCGCGCAUACUACUGGUCCGCUGACGAGAAGCUCGUCGUCACCGAUUUCGUCAACAACGGCAACCUCGCCGCGGCGCUGCGCGGCCGGUCCGGGCAGCCAAGCCUGUCAUGGUCACUGCGGCUGCGGAUCGCCAAGGGCGCGGCGCGCGGGCUGGCGCACCUCCACGAGUGCAGCCCGCGCCGGUUCGUCCACGGCGAGGUCAAGCCCUCCAACAUCCUGCUCGACGCCGACUACAACGCGCUCGUCGCCGACUUCGGGCUCGCGCGCCUCCUCACCAUCGCCGGCUGCACCGACGUCUACUCCGUCGCGGGCUCCGGCGGCAUCAUGGGCGGCGCGCUGCCCUACGCCAGGCCCGCCGCCCUGGCGGCGGACAGGUCCGGCGCGGCGUACCGCGCCCCCGAGGCACGCGCGCCGGCGGGGCCGGGCGCGCGGCCGCCGAGCCAGAAGUCCGACGUGUACUCGUUCGGCGUCGUGAUUCUCGAGUUGCUCACGGGGAAGGCGCCCGAGCACGGCUCGCCGUCCGCGUCGUCGUCGUCGUCGGCGUCCUUCUUGCCGGGGCACGGCGGCGAGCAGCAGGAGGCCCCGGAGCUCGAGAGGUGGGUGCGGCGGGGGUUCGAGGAGGCGCGGCCGCUGUCGGAGCUGGCCGACGAAGCCGUGCUGCGGGACGCCGGCGCGCGGAAGGAGGUGAUCGCGGCGUUCCACGUCGCGCUCGGGUGCGUCGAGGCGGACCCGGAGCGCCGGCCAAGGAUGAAGGCCGUCUCCGACAGCCUCGACAAGAUCGGGGCGUGACUUGUCGUCAGUUCGUCACUGCUGGGUCAAAAAUGGUGCUGGAGUUCUACAUUUCCCCCCCGUAAUUAUGCAUAUCGUUAUUGUUCUUCUCAUUUUUUAUUUUUCGUUUUCUCCCCUUUGAGGCAAUAAUGAUUUGUAGAAAUAUAUAGCACGGGAGCUUAUUUACUUUGGCAUCAUCAGUUUUGUGCACUAGUACGUACUUCAUAGUUGGCUACACGAAUUCUGACUUGUGACCUUAUUUGUGCCCACGAUUUGGCUUCAUAAACUCGAAUACCAGGAAUCAUUUGCAAAA